AUGUUAACAGUUGUCUGUGCUUUAUUUGUUGUCGGAACCAUUUUAUUGGUCAGUAAAUUACGUCGACCAAAUAUUUCAACUCAAAAAUGUGUUCAUGUUGUGGUUCUGGGUGAUCUUGGCAGAAGCCCACGCAUGUGCAAUCAUGCUAUUGAGUUUGAUAAACACAAAUUCAAUGUACAAUUGAUUGGUUAUGCAGAAUCUAAACUUGGCCAAACUAUUUCUAAUAAUAACAAUAUUCAAAUAUCAAAUUUGAAAUCUUUUCCCAACUUGAAAGGCUUACCUGAAGUCGUAGUCUAUGCUUUAAAAAUUUUAUGGCAAUUCGGUACACUUCUUGUCUGCCUUUGUCAAUUACCCAAACCUGAUUUCGUUUGUGUUCAAAAUCCACCAUCAAUUCCAGCGAUAUUUACAACAUUUUUAAUAGCAAAACUACGUGGAGCACGUCUAAUAAUUGAUUGGCAUAACUAUGGAUAUUCAAUGUUAGCAUUGAAACAUGGUUUGAAACAUUGGAUUGUUCAUUUGUGUCAGCGAUAUGAGUUUUUACUUGGUCAAUUCGCGGAUAUCAAUAUAUGUGUAUCGGAUACGUUUGCAAAAAAUUUGAAUGUUCAUCUGAUUAAAGCAUCGGUACUUUAUGAUAAAGCUACGAAUCAAUUUCAUAUUCCUACCAUUGAAGAAAAACAUAAAAUUUUGAUGAAAAUGGUUGCACAAUAUUCUUAUAAACAAUUUGAAGGAAAAUCGGCUAAUUCAACUCGAUUUACAACUGAAGAUGAAAAAAAAAAUAUUGUAUAUUUACCAGACAGACCAGUCAUUCUUGUAAGUAGUACCAGUUGGAGUGAAGAUGAAAAUUUUGCACUAUUAUUUGAUGCAUUAAAAAAUUAUGCUACACAUGAAACAUCUAAUUUACCGUCGAUUGUUUGUAUUGUUACUGGAAAAGGUCCAUUGAAGGAACAAUUUAUUGAACAAGUUGAACAUGAACGUGAUCAAUACCGAAAUGUUGAAUUUUGUUUUCCAUGGCUUGAUGCUGACGACUAUCCAUUAUUAUUAGGUUGUGCUGAUAUUGGUGUAAGUCUUCAUGAAUCCUCUAGUGGUUUUGAUUUACCAAUGAAAGUUGUUGAUAUGUUUGCUGUUGGCGUUCCGGUUUGUUCAGUUCAUUAUGAUUGUAUUGGUGAAUUAAUUAAACGUGAUCAGAAUGGAAUUAUUUUUCAAGAUGCUCAUGAUUUAUGUGAUCGACUACAGAGCUUAAUUCACGGUUUUCCUGAUCGCUGUUCAAAAUUGAAUAAUUUAAAAGCCAAUUUAAUUGCUAAUCGCUCGAGUGAAAAUUGGUCAAAAGAAUGGGAAUCAGUUAUGAAACCGUUACUUCGUUUACAGUCUAGUUAA